UUAUUCAUCAAUAACGAAUGGAAGGAUUCCGUGUCCGGAAAAACCUUUCCCACUCACGAUCCGGCAACAGGCGAGAAAAUCACCGAGGUACAAGAGGCCGAUACUGAGGAUGUGGAUUUGGCUGUCCGAGCCGCUCGUCAAGCCUUCCAAAUGGGUUCACCAUGGCGUCGCAUGGACGCUUGCGAUCGAGGGGUGCUGUUGAAUAAACUGGCCGACUUGAUGGAGCGGGAUCGGGUGCUUCUAGCG